AGCCCGGCGGCCGCAAGUCGGGGUCUGGACUCUGAUGCCACCGGCCGAGCGGGUAUGGAGGCGGCGCGCUGCGCACCGGGACCUCGCGCGGACAGUGCUUUUGAAGAUGAGACACUGAGGCUUCGGCAGCUGAAGCUGGACAAUCAGAGGGCGCUGCUGGAGAAGAAGCAGAGAAAGAAGCGCCUUGAGCCACUUAUGGUACAACCAAACCCCGAAGCCAGGCUGCGCCGGUUAAAGCCUAGAGGUGGCGAGGAGCACACGCCUUUGGUGGACCCUCAGCCGCCUCGCAGCGAUGUCAUCCUACAUGGCAUCGAUGGGCCAGCUGCUUUCCUUAAGCCAGAGGCUCCCGAUUUGGAAAGCAAGCCUCAUGUUCUCUCAGUGGGCUCCCCUGCUCCAGAAGAGGCCACCGACAGAAGUGCAGGUGGGGAAAGCCCUCCAGUGGAGACCGCCUCCAAGCCAGACCUUCAGGAGAUUCUCCAAAAACACGGCAUCUUGGGUAGCGUGAACUAUGACGAGGAGACCGACAGUGAGGAAGAGGAAGGGGGCAGUCUCAGCUCCCCGUCAGCUCAUUCGGAAAAAGAGAGUUCCGUGGCCGGCCAGAAAGCAGCCUCGGAGACAGGAGCUGCUGGUGUCACAGCCCAGCAAAGCGAUGCCCAGCUUGGAGAAGUGGAGAAUUUAGAGGACUUCGCAUACAGCCCUGCCCCACGGGGUGUCACUGUGAAGUGUCGAGUAACCCGGGAUAAGAAAGGCAUGGACCGCGGCCUCUUCCCCACCUACUAUAUGCACCUGGAGAAGGAGGAGAACCGGAAGAUAUUUCUUCUUGCUGGUAGGAAGCGAAAAAAGAGCAAAACCUCCAACUACCUGAUCUCCACAGACCCGACAGACUUGUCUCGUGAUGGGGAAAGCUACAUCGGCAAACUCAGAUCCAAUCUCAUGGGGACCAAGUUCACAGUGUAUGACCAUGGUGUCAACCCAGUCAAGGCCCAGGGUCUGGUGGAAAAGGCUCACACCCGGCAGGAGCUGGCUGCCAUCUGCUAUGAAACAAAUGUACUGGGUUUUAAAGGUCCUAGGAAAAUGUCUGUGAUCAUUCCGGGGAUGAAUAUGAAUCAUGAACGCAUCCCAUUUCGGCCACGAAAUGAGCACGAGAGCUUGCUUUCAAAGUGGCAGAACAAAUCCAUGGAGAACCUGAUUGAACUGCACAACAAGGCCCCAGUUUGGAGUGACGACACCCAGUCCUAUGUCCUCAACUUCCACGGCAGGGUCACUCAGGCGUCAGUGAAGAACUUUCAGAUAGUCCACGGAAAUGACCCCGACUACAUCGUCAUGCAGUUUGGACGCGUGGCUGAUGACGUGUUCACACUAGACUAUAACUACCCACUGUGCGCUCUGCAAGCCUUUGCCAUCGGGCUGUCCAGCUUCGACAGCAAGCUGGCAUGUGAAUGAGAAACGAGAAGUAGGGGACUUCCUCACCACAGAGCCUUCAGCAGGAGCAGAAAGCGGCUGCACUUGAGCUGUCCAGCACAAGGAGAGCAAGAUUCUGCCCCUCUCGGGUGUGUGUGUUCGUGUGUGCAUGUUCAUACAUACAUAUACGUAUACACGUGGAUGCACACUUGCACACACUCAUUUACACCUUCUCUGAGCUUCAGAGACCACGUCGUAGAUCACAGCUUCAUGUGGGUGAGAGAUGACUUAAGCACAGGGAGGCAGGUGCCUGGGCACACUGGCGACUCCUGACUGCACACAGAUUCUGUGUGGGGUGCAGCUUCCCUGUGCUCAGGCACUUCCAACAGAAUCAGGUUCUAAUAGUUGGGCCUCCUUUUUUGAAGUUCCUUUAGGCUCUAAGACAGGAGCCUGCAGACUUUCUCAGCCAGUGGUCUGAUAGUGUCUCUUGCACUGUCUCCAGUUAGCC